UCCCAUCUUCAUCAACCACAUCACUCUUUCUUCACUUCUCCAGUCUAAAUACUCUCUCUCUCUCUCUCUAAAAAAAAAGCUUUUAAAGUGCAAAAAUGGCGGCAGUCUCUGAAUUCCCCAUGCUCACCUGCAUUGACUCGAAUUACGAAGUUGAUAAGCUCACCUACGAGAUCUUCUCCAUCCUCGAGAACAAAUUCCUUUUCAACUAUGACCAAUCUAACCCUAAGCACAUUUCCAACCCAACCAAACUCCACAACAAUGACAAUGACAUGGUCAAAUCGGCAAAACACGACAACACCGGAAAAGUCAGAAUUCUCAGCAUCGACGGAGGCGGUGCCACCGACGGCAUUCUCGCCGCCAAAUCCCUCGUCCACCUCGAAUCCUGCCUUCGCCGGAAAUCUGGCAAUCCUAACGCCUGCAUUGCCGAUUUCUUCGAUGUCGUCGCUGGCUCCGGUGCCGGCGGCAUACUCGCCGCUCUUUUGUUCACUCGCGGCAGAGGAGGCGGACCUGUUUUCACCGCCGAUGAGGCGCUGAAUUUCCUCGUCAAGAACCGGAGGAAAAUCUUCAGGUCGUCUAAGGCGGGACUUUUCCGGCGGAUUUUCGGGUCGGGAAAGGCGGUGCAGAAGCUGUUCCGGAAAACUUUCGGUGACUGCACGAUGAAAGACACGCUGAAGUCGGUUUUGAUCCCCUGCUACGACCUCUCGUCCCGUGCGCCUUUCUUGUUCUCCCGUGCUGAUGCGCUGGAAAUGGACGGCUACGAUUUUAAGAUGAGCGAUGUGUGUGCCGCCACGUCGGCUGAUCCGACUUCGGUGGAACCCGUCCAGAUGAGGUCGGUUGACCAGAGGACGAGAAUCGUGGCCGUUGAUGGAGGAAUCGCGAUGAACAAUCCGACGGCUGCGGCUAUCACUCACGUUUUGAAUAAUAAGCAGGAGUUUCCGUUAUGCAAAGGCGUAGAGGAUUUAGUGGUGAUGUCGCUUGGGAACGGUGAAUCCUCAUUUGGAUUCGGAAAUGAGACCUGUUCGCCGUCGGCGUCAGGGUUUGUGAGAAUCGCCGGUGAAGGAACUUCCGACUUGGUAGAUCAGUCUGUUUCGAUGGCAUUCGGAGAUUUUCGUAUGACAAAUUAUGUACGAAUUCAGGCAAAUGGAGUGAUGGCCAAUAAGAAUGGUGGUUUGGAGAAGAUAGACAUAAUGGAGGCUACAAAGGAUAUGUUGGCACAGAAAAAUGUAGAAUCCGUACUAUUUCAAGGGAAGAAGAUUGCACAAAGCUCAAAUUUGGAGAAGAUAGAAGUGUUUUCUGGAGAUCUUGUAAAGGAACAAGAGAGAAGAAAAACCAGCGUGUUAAGAACCGUGGUGCUGAAGCAAAUGUCGCCGUCUCCAAGAACAUCCUCUGCUUCAACUUUAUCUACCCUGUCAUCCAACUAAAUUGGAAAUAAAUGACAAAAUAAAAAAGAAAUUACAGAUUUGGAUUAUAUUAGUUCAGUUAGUAUAUAUGCAUAGGCAGCCACUCGUGAUGGAACAAACACAUCUGAGUAUGAGCUGAACUGAGCUAAGCUACAUAAGAUUUUUCUUUUUUCUUUUUUCUUUUUUUUUCUUUUUCUUAUUUCUGAUGGAAAGUUAAGCUAAAUUUAUUAUUAUUAUUAUUAUUUUUUGUGGAGAGCUAAGCUAUAAGUUAAAAAGUACCAUUGAGUUCAAUUUCAUUUUUUUCAACAAUGUUUGUUAGUUGAUUGUAUACUUAUGAAUAUUUGGAGUUGUUUAUGUAUACAAAUUAUAGUGGAGGCAUUUGUUGCAAAUUGUUACCUGUCUUAAAGUUACCGUGAUUUUUAUGUGAUGUUUUCCUUUUCUUUUC